CUUUCUGUCUUUAUAUUGUUUGUUUUGUUACAUUUUCACGCUCAAUAAAACCCACAAUAAUUCGACGUUGGUUAAUUUUGUGUAAUUUGGCUUUUUUUGUGUGUGCGCUGUUUGGUUUAGCAUGUCGCUCAUUCCACUGCCGGCACAAUCAGGCUGUUUAAAGCAUGUACACUCGCAGAGUUCCACUUGACAUGCAGCCUGCUGGGAAGUUGCCCACCACCCGUGUCCCAAAGCCAGACGUCACAAUUGAGUUUGCAGAGGGCUCAGCACCCUUUGACGUCCCGUGUGCCGUCAUGGAGUGCCGGGAUUUGACGUCGCACAAGAAUGGGCGCCAAAGAAAGCUAGCGGGUCUCUGCCCCCGUCCCGAGGCCAUGAUGGACGCCUCUGAGACCGGGCUCCUGGAGGAGGAGGCGGACUUCCUCGCCGCGGGGUCUGACUCGGAGGACAGGAGGCCUCCUGGGAUCCGGUCGGAGCUGGGAAACGUCUUGCUUCUCCUUUUCCUUUACGUGCUGCAAGGGAUUCCUCUGGGACUGGCCGGCAGCAUUCCGUUGAUCCUCCAGAGUCAGAGCGUCAGCUACAGGGACCAGGCCAUCUUCAGCUUUGUCUUCUGGCCGUUUAGCCUCAAGCUGGUGUGGGCGCCGCUUGUGGACGCACUUUACUUCAGAAAGUUUGGUCGGAGGAAGUCCUGGCUGGUACCCACACAGUACCUGCUGGGCCUCUUCAUGAUUUACUUGUCCGUGAGAGUGGAGUCCCUGCUGCAGGGGGAAGGAGGCCCCGACAUACUGGCACUCACGGCCGUCUUCUUCAUGCUGGCCUUUCUCGCGGCCACACAGGACAUUGCGGUGGACGGCUGGGCCCUCACCAUGCUGUCCAGAGAGAACGUGGGCUACGCGUCCACCUGCAACUCGGUGGGUCAGACAGCAGGUUACUUCCUGGGCAACGUGCUCUUCCUGGCGCUGGAGUCUGCCGACUUCUGCAACAAAUACCUGCGCGCGCAGCCCCAGGACACGGGCAUCGUCACCUUGUCAGACUUCCUGUUCUUCUGGGGCGUGGUCUUCCUGGUGUCCACCACGCUGGUGGCCGUGAUGAAAAGUGAGAGCGUGCGUUACAAAGGCAGGCGGCGAGUGGAGGAGGAGACGCAGGGCGUGUGUGAGACCUACAGGCUGCUGAUCAGCAUCAUCAAGAGGCCCGCCGUCUUCACCUUCUGUGCGCUGCUCCUCACCGCCAAAGUGGGCUUCUCGGCGGCCGACGCAGUGACGGGUCUGAAGCUGGUGGAGGCCGGCGUUCCCAAGGCGCAGUUAGCACUGCUGGCGGUGCCCAUGGUGCCUCUGCAGAUCCUUCUGCCGCUCCUCAUCAGUAAAUACACGGCAGGACCCAGGCCGCUGGACGUCUUCUACAAGGCCUUCCCCUUCAGGUUGAUCAUUGGUCUGGAAUUUGCUCUGCUGGUCUGGUGGACGCCCAGUGUGAGAGGAGAGGAAGGCUUUCCUGUUUACUACUACGGCGUGGUGCUGCUCAGCUACGCCCUGCAUCAGGUGACCUUGUACAGCAUGUACGUGGCCUGCAUGGCCUUCCACGCCAAGGUCAGCGACCCCCUGAUCGGCGGCACCUACAUGACGCUGCUGAACACGCUCACCAACCUGGGAGGCAACUGGCCCUCCACUGUGGCCCUCUGGCUGGUGGACCCGCUCACCUGGAGGGAGUGUCAAGGUGCAGCCGGCCUCACCUGCUCCUCCCCCGAGGCGGCCAAGAUGUGCGUCAAAGAGGGCGGAGCCUGCGUCACAACCUUGGACGGUUACUACGUGGAGUCGGUGGCGUGCGUCUUGAUGGGCGUGGCCUGGUGGGUGUGGCUUGGGAAGAAGAUGAGAAAGUUGCAGGAUCAAAGUCCUGCGGCUUGGAGGUGCAGAGUCUGAAUCCUCCUCCUAGUCUCACAGGACUAGAACCUUCUUUCAGUCGCCACAUCAGAACUAUUUAGUCUCACAGGACUAGAACCUUCUUUUAGUCGCCACAACAUCAGAACUAUUUAGUCUCACAGGACUAGAACCUUCUUUCAGUCGCCACAACAUCAGAACUAUUUAGUCUCACAGGACUAGAACCUUCUUUCAGUCGCCACAACAUCAGAACUAUUUAGUCUCACAGGACUAGAACCUUCUUUCAGUCGCCACAACAUCAGAACUAUUUAGUCUCACAGGACUAGAACCUUCUUUCAGUCGCCACAACAUCAGAACUAUUUAGUCUCACAGGACUAGAACCUUCUUUCAGUCGCCACAUCAGAACUAUUUAGUCUCACAGGACUAGAACCUUCUUUUAGUCGCCACAACAUCAGAACUAUUUAGUCUCACAGGACUAGAACCUUCUUUCAGUCGCCACAUCAGAACUAUUUAGUCUCACAGGACUAGAACCUUCUUUUAGUCGCCACAACAUCAGAACUAUUUAGUCUCACAGGACUAGAACCUUCUUUCAGUCGCCACAACAUCAGAACUAUUUAGUCUCACAGGACUAGAACCUUCUUCAGUCGCCACAACAUCAGAACUAUUUAGUCUCACAGGACUAGAACCUUCUUUCAGUCGCCACAACAUCAGAACUAUUUAGUCUCACAGGACUAGAACCUUCUUUCAGUCGCCACAACAUCAGAACUAUUUAGUCUCACAGGACUAGAACCUUCUUUCAGUCGCCACAACAUCAGAACUAUUUAGUCUCACAGGACUAGAACCUUCUUUCAGUCGCCACAACAUCAGAACUAUUUAGUCUCACAGGACUAGAACCUUCUUUCAGUCGCCACAACAUCAGAACUAUUUAGUCUCACAGGACUAGAACCUUCUUUCAGUCGCCACAACAUCAGAACUAUUUAGUCUCACAGGACUAGAACCUUCUUUCAGUCGCCACAACAUCAGAACUAUUUAGUCUCAG